UCCCUAUAUUAUGCUUGAAAUUUUUUCAUUGCAAUUUGCUCGAUUUACUAGAUUAAUCGGUCGAUUGAGGUGGAAGUUACACUGCACUAGUGCUCUCCACUACUUCCGAUCAACUUUUUUCUUCAGUUUUUAAGAUUGCAGGACAAAUUGGUUUAGCAUAUUUAAAACUGAUGUUGUGUGAUUGGUUGAUUGUACUGCUCAAGUUACCUACAUUGUUUCUUGAUUUUAAUUUGGCAACCCUACAUUUGUGCUAUAUUACACGACAUGACAAUUCUUUGCCCAAAAAACCCAAAUAUUUUUCAGUUUUUGUUAUUGUCUUGAAAGUUGAAAUACUGAUUGUUGUAGAUAAAAUUUGCAUUGAGAAAAGUUUACUAUCGUCGACUCUACUCUCAGUGUGAUCCACUGAGCAGUGAGAAUUGACCAGUAUCAUAUAUCUAACAUAUGGAUGGAAUUUACCCUUGAAACUACAAUAUGAUCAUGAGUUAGUAACUUCUCGUUGUCAUUGUUGUUUUACCUAUUGUAAAUAUUUGCACCAUGAGUGCUCCCUGUAAUGGAAAUAAUAAAUUGUUGUUUCCUUUUCAGCAUGAUCCAAAGAGCGAAGAAGAGUCGACUCUACACAAUCAGAAGUUGCCCCAAAUUGGCGACACAUACAUAGAUCCAUUUCAGCAUGUGAACUCUUCUGCCUCUACAAAGAGUGUGGUCAAGGAUUAUACCAUGCUACACUCCCAAAAUCCACUACAGAAUAUGGAUGUCAUUGAAGAUUUACGUGCACAAUCGUCAUCAUCUUCUUCAAGGAUUGUGCCUAGUAAUUUUGCUAAUAUGAUGGCGAUUCAGGAGGCAUGCCUUCGUGCGUUGAUUGACCCAGAUCAGGAAUUAUCCUGCAGACUAUGGCGGCAGUCCCCUAAGGCUUUGAAGAAUCACUACGCUCUCGAUGUUGAGAUGGCAUGUUCUAGGGGGCAUGUGCCAAAUAUAAAUGCUCCUAGGAAUUCCCAGUUCAAUUCACUUGUUCAGCUGAUCAAGAAUCCAGUAAACCAGUCUAUGCGGCUAAUCAAUGUCAAGGGCCACGUGCCUGCUCUCAGUGCUGACCCAAUUGGGAGCUGCUUUAUACAGCAGAAACUUGACGAAGCAACUACUGGAGAGAUAGUUAUGCUAUAUAAAGAAAUCACGCCUCACAUCCUUACACUGGCCGCUAAUGCCUUUCCCACUUAUGUUAUCCAAAAGCUUCUUGAGCAUGGACCAACAAUCUACUUCAGGAUACUAAUUGCUAAUCUAAUGGGGCAUGUGUUAGACCUAAGCCUUCAUCUCUAUGGUUGUCGGGUGAUCCAGAAGGCUUUUGAAAUAAGCGACAUUGAUCAACAAAUAGAGAUGGCCACGGAGCUUGAUAGCAACCUAUUCAAAUGUAUCUACGAUCAACAUGCAAACCAUGCCGUUCAGAAAUGCAUGGAGUGUGUGCAGCCACAAUAUAUCCAAUUCAUCUACAGACGGUUAUGUGGCAAGGCCAAGAUGUUAUCCACCCAUCCUUAUGGAUGCCAUGUGGUUCAGAAAAUGCUGGAGUUGUGCAAGGAUCCUCAAAUUAUGGACAGGUUUAUCACGGAGAUUCUCGAUUGUGUAAGGGAGCUUUCUAUAGACCCAUAUGGAAACUACGUUGUGCAGUACAUUGUGCAGCAUGGAGGGCCUCGUCAUCGACAAAUUAUUAUGUUGAAAUUUACUAGAAGUAUAGUACAGAUGAGCCACCAGAAGCACUCUUCCAAAGUCAUUGAGAAGUGCCUAAUCUAUGGCAGCUACCACGAUUGCAAGCUUCUCAUAGAUGAGAUCCUUUCUGCAGGCGGUGGUCAAACUGCAGAUCAUCUCGUGGGCAUGAUAAUCCACCAGUAUGCAAACUGUGUGGUGCGACAGAUGAUUGACGUGGUGAACGAUUGUCAGUUCAAAGUGAUCGUGGAUGUGCUGAGGCGCAACAGGGACACUUUGGUCAUGUACGCCCAUGGGAGGCAGGUCAUCGCGCAGGUCAAGCGGCUCCUCAAUAGCAUGGCACCGUCCCCCGACUCAUUUGGGAAAACAUCGUCGUCGUCCCAGUUCCUCUAGUGUGUUUUUAAUUGCUUUUACAAUGGUUUGCUUUCUAUGUCUCUCUUGUUCUUCCUGGAGCAUUAGUGAUCGGCAGAAAUUGAAUUAAGGUGAACUCAGUUGCUUUCGUUUUCCCCAUUAGGUGAACUAAAUUGUUUCUGUAGAGGAGAACCGAACUAUAACCUCUUCUGGUCUAAGGAUUUGUUAGGCACCCAGCCUACCAUUAUCUAUGAAUUGAACUAUUUGUUUUCCAUACCAUUUUGUGAGGGCUUCAUCAGUUUGGUUUAGGACUUCAAAUAUCUUGCUGGUUGGUUUUACCAGGCAUGCAUGUUCCAGGUCGACCAGGCAGUAAAACAUAUACUCUAUGUAGCUAGACGGCUCAUUCAGGCUUUGAAUUCAGAAACAUACACACAGUAUAUCACUUGAUGCAUCAUUUAGGUUUAUUGUUUUGUGGGUGAUUCAUCAUUUAGGUUGUGGUGGGCGGAAUGUGAUUUAACGUACCGGUUGGGCUUCGGAGCGUCGUCGAAGGCGUGGUUGUAGGCACUGUGGCAGAUGGCAACUGCACUGUCAGUUUCUAGGAUGAAUGGUGCGCGUCUCCACUUAAUGGCAAGGGCAGCUCCUUCCAUGCACGUUACAAUACUUUGAUCAGUUCAUUUGCUUGACUUAAGCAGUCCUACACUCCUACUGCCCUAGGUUAGUAUGUAUUCCCACAAGAAAAAGGAGACAAAAUAAAACUUGAUUUGCAUUGAUCUAACAGACGACUCCAUACAUAUGUACCUUGCAGAUCUAAACACC